UUACUUUCAAUUUUCAUGCUUUCUGUAAAUUUUUCCAAACUAUUUUUUUUAAAUUCAUUUAAACUUCUCUUUUCAGAUAACAAGCUGAUCUUGAGGAGCGUAAAUGGUCAAUUUAAGUCUAACGAAUUGACAGCCAUCUUAGGCCCUUCAGGGGCCGGAAAAAGCACUCUGCUAAAUAUACUAGCAGGAUACAAAUUUAGAAACGCAACUGGUGAAAUCUUGAUAAAUGGGAAACCAAGAGAUUUAAAGUUGUUUCGGGAAUUGUCACGAUAUAUAAUGCAAGAGGACCUGAUGCAACCAAUGUUAACGGUCUAUGAAGCAAUGAUGGUUGCUGCCAAUCUUAAACUUGGAACUGCGCUUAGUAAAAAACAAAAACAAACCUCGGUAAGUAUACUUAAUGAAACAAAGCCAUGGUCCGAUAAAAGUGUUUUUGAAUUAAAAAGGGCAGUAUUUUGAAAUAAAAAG